AUGAGCAAGCAGAAACCAAAAGGUAGAAUAAAGAAUGGAAGUCAGUUGGCACUGAGAGAAGAGCAGAGGAGCAGAAACGAACGAGAGAGACAGAAACACGGAGGAGCAGGUCUCCAGUCACCUCAGCAUCUGAUGGCAGUUCAGCUCAGGAGGGCGGCCUACGCUCAUGUUGGAGGCGGCGCCCGCGCGCGGGGCUGCUGCCCUGCUGGAAGCCUCCCGGUUCCGCUGUGGCCCGCGGCUGUGCCUGGCGCUGGAUGCUGCAGCUAUGCUGUCCACGGACGCAGCGAGAAGAGGGCGGGGGGAAGCCCUGGCACAUGCCAGGGUCGCCGUAGGGGGCAGCGGCCGGCGCAUGCGCGUCCUCUCCCAGAAGCCUGGAACGCUGAGGGGCGCGCGCCCCCAUCCGCGCGCACGCUCGCGCUGGCCAAGGCUUCCCCGCCUGCGCUCGUUGUCAUAGCCGCUCCGGCGCGUGCGCGCGUUAUCUCGGGCCGACCCGAGUGGCCGGGUUCCCUCAGCUCCAGGCCCCCGCCCCCUCCCCCUCCCAGCCCCCAGCCAACCCGUCCCCUUCCUGUCCUCGCGGAAUGGGGCCGGCGCCGCUCGGGGUCGCGCGCCGGGGACCCGGCUCGCGCUCGGUCUCGCGCUGUCAGCGACUGCCCGGCUCGCGCCGCCUCGCGCUCUCCCUCGGUCAGAGGCGCCGAAGGCUCCGUUAAGCGGCGGCGGCGCGGUUCCUGUUUCCGUUUCUUCCUCUCCCUUCAGUCGGGAGUAGCAUCCUCCACCCAGCCACCCCUCCCGCUCCCCCGGCGCGGGGCAGCUGCGGCUGAGGGCUGGGGCGGCGGCAGCGGCUGCAACUGGGGACCGGCGGAGACCGCCUCUGCAACCGCUGCGGGUUGCCACUUUUGCUAAGAGAGCACCCAUGACCCUGAUGGUGUUUUAAUUCAAAGUAACGUGCUCUAUUGCCUUUAUCGAUUAACUGAUCAAAUUCAGACUUUGAAGUUGGUCUACUAAUAUUACCAACAAGAUAAAUUUCCUCCAACUUGUAAGAAAUAUUUUCUAGUUUCAGAGAAUUAUAAAUUGGCAAAGAUAAAAACAUAGAGCAUGGAUGUGUUUGAUUUCUUUACUUUUAUGGUUUGGAAUCUUCACUUUCUUUGUGGUGUUUAUUUUUUGUUGGAUUCAUAGAUGCUUGAGAAAUUAGAGGAAUCCUUGUCCCCCACCCCCCACUACUACUGCAGCCCCAUAGGAG